CGCGAACGUUGAAGGGAAUAAACAAUCUUACAAUAUGACGACUCGUCUGCAAGAAAUUCAGAAUUCAUAUGAGCAUAGAUUCAACUGCAUGAUCUGUUUGUGCCCACGGCUUCAAAUGGUAACCGGUUACUGUCAACACAGGAUUUGCACGCAGUGCUUAUAUACAGAAGAUGGUAUUCGUAAACCUUGUCUAGAUAAUUGUCCCACAUGCCAAAUGGAGGAUUCUUUUCCAGUUACAAGACCAGCUAUUCCAGAAGAUACUGUAGAAAUCCAGAGAUGUUUGGGAGUUCGUGCAUGCCCCCAUUCUGGUUGUGUAAUGGAGUUGUGGGAAUGGGAAUUGGAAGAACAUUUAAAAUUGUGCCCAAAUCGUCAACCAUCACCUCCUAAACAAACACCUAAGAAGAGAAAAUCAGUGCGCAAAACUGAAGAAGCCAGUAAAACGACACGAUUGACACGCAGUAGUACAUUUAACAUAGGCUCUAGGCGGUCCCAAGAGCACCGAGACACGAGACGCCAAACACGAAGAAGUACACAGCAUCAGACUUUGUAUAACCAUUAACCUUUUAUUCUACUCCACUUCUAAGGGCACUGUUAAUGAAUGAGUGACGGGAAGUUGUUGUUACGAAAGCUUCCUACUCGUGGAGAAUUUUUGUUGUUUUAAGGAGUAUGAAGGGUUUUAAAGGCUGUGAUGAAACAUAUAUACAAGAAGCUUAUUUUUUUUUCCUGAAAACAAACUCGUAUCUGCAUAUACAUGUAUAUAGCAUUUUUUAAUGUUGGUAGAUAUGUGAGUAGAUAGGAGAAAACCUUGUUUGUCUACCAUGUAAGUAAAAUUCAAGGCUGUUGUUCCUGUGCUAUUAAAGCUGUUUAUUGCAUUUACACAUUGAAAUUCUUUCUGUUAUACAUUUAAAAAAUAUUUUAUAUAAAUCUGUGCUUUAAAAAAACAACAAGCCAACAGCUUUUGUGUUAAUUUAUUUCAACAAAUACUGAAUUGUCCAGUAAAAUAUGCAUUGCAGGUGGAUGAUACAUUCAUCAAACUUUCAUCAUUUGCAUUGAAAUCAUGGAAUUUUACAAGAUUUUAUUGACAGUUAUAUUUAAGGUAUUACAACCAUUUAUUGACCAAGCUUGAUGACAGAAUUUGCUUUGCUGAACCCUCGAACCAAAUUGUUGUCUUUAGAUUGAAAACCUCAGGCGAAAAGUUUGGUUGUCUAGUCCAGCAAAAUGCAAGCCACUUUCAACCCAGUCAAUAAAAUGUCAUUGUCUAAUGCUCUAAUAUGAGAUCUUGGUUAUUAGGGUGAUGCUCAACUGCUUGAUUGAUGCAUUAAACAAUCUAAAUCAAUGUUUGUUACCAUUAUAUCAGCGUACAUAUAUUUUUGUUCUUGUAAAACAUGCUAUUCAUUGUAGUGUAAUAUAGGUAAUAUUUGCACUUCUUAAAUAUGUUGUAAAGACAGCAUACAGUUUAUUGCACCUUAUUACACAU